AAAAAAAAAAAAAGUAACUAAUCCCUUCUAAUAUAAAUAGAUAUGCUAUUCCUAAAAAAAAAACACCCAAAAAAACAUGUUUAAAUUUUUUUUUAUUGUUUUCACCCUCCAAAGUGUGGCGGAUUGAAAAUGACGAAUUUGCUGUCUAAAAGCACUGCUGUCGAAUUUCCAAACUUGAAUUGAAUAUGCUUUGGUCGAAUUGCAGCACUUGUAUCAUUGCAGAAAAGUCGAAUUUGCAAAAAUUCGAAUUUCAAAAAGUCGAAUUUUGAAAGUCCGUUUUUUGGUCGGAAAGCGCUGAAUUGCAUAGGCAAAUUUUUUUAUGGGGCGAAAAUGACCCGAAAUUCGACAAUUUCGGGAAUUCGACCGCAAUUGCAUAUACCCCUAUGUCUCCAUGCAGGAAGGGGAGUAUAUAGAGGAACACAGGGGUCUGUACAAGGACGUGAUGAUGGAGAAUCACCGACCCCUCACAUCACUGGAUGGGUUCAGUAACAGAGAUACCCCAGAGAGAUGUCCCCGUCCUCUGUAUUCCCAGGAUUGUACAGAGUAGUAUCACAGGACCCCACAGGAGGAUCAGGUAGAACGUCUGUCUGAUAUUAAAACAGAUGAAAUAGAGGGAGAAGAGGAAAUGUAUGUGACUGAUAUAAAGGCAGAAUAUAUAGAGGGAGAAGAAGAGACGUAUGUGACUGAUAUAAAGGCAGAAGAUAUAGAGGGAGAAGAAGAGACGUAUGUGACUGAUAUAAAGGCAGAAGAUAUAGAGGGAGAAGAAGAGACGCAUGUGACUGAUAUAAAGGCAGACGAUAUAGAGGGAGAAGAAGAGACGUAUGUGACUGAUAUAAAGGCAGAAGAUAUAGAGGGAGAAGAAGAGACGUAUGUGACUGAUAUAAAGGCAGAAGAUAUAGAGGGAGAAGAAGAGACGUAUGUGAGGGGUGAUCAGCAGUGUAAGGAGGAGGAGAUCCCUACAGAUAUCAGCACAGCAGAUGGACACACAAGCAGGAAUAUCUCAGAAGGACAUCUAAUGUUAUCCCCGGAUUGUGACAUAAAAGAUAAUGACCGAAGACAGGAUUCUCCAGGAGAUAACCCCAUUACCCCAAUUAUACAUCCAGCUCUAUCAGCUGAUCCCUCUGAUCCUGGGAAAUGUUCUCCUGAUCACUCUGAUAUUGGUGUAUCUGUUACAGCACUGCCAGUAGAUACAGUGUUUCCGUGUUCUAUAGAUGCCAAAUGUUUUACACAGAACACAAAGCUUAUUACCCAACAGCCAGCUAAGGCAGGGGAGAGGCCAUUUCAAUGUUCUGAGUGUGGGAAAUGUUUUACAUACAAAUCAGCUUUUGUUACACAUCAGAGAACACACACAGGUGAGAAGCCAUUUCCAUGUUCUGACUGUGGAAAAUGUUUUGCAUGGAAAUCACAACUUGUUACACAUCAGCAAAGUCACACAGGUGAGAAACCAUUUCCAUGUUCUGAGUGUGGGAAAUGUUUUACAUGGAAAUCACAACUUGUUACACAUCAGCAAAGUCACACAGGUGAGAAACCAUUUCCAUGUUCUGAGUGUGGGAAAUGUUUUACAUGGAAAUCACAACUUGUUACACAUCAGCAAAGUCACACAGGUGAGAAGCCAUUUCCAUGCUCUGAGUGUGGGAAGGGUUUUGUACAGAAAUCAGAUCUUGUUAAACAUCAGAGAAGUCACACAGGUGAGAAGCCUUUUUCUUGCUCUGAGUGUGGGAAAUGUUUUACACGGAAAUCACAACUUGUUACACAUCAGCAAAGUCACACAGGUGAGAAUCCAUUUCCAUGCUCUGAGUGUGGGAAAGGUUUUGCACAGAAAUCAGAUCUUGUUAAACAUCAGCGAAGUCACACAGGUGAGAAUCCAUUUCCAUGCUCUGAGUGUGAUAAAGGUUUUGCACACACAUCAGCUCUGCUUAUACAUCACAGAAGUCACACUGGUGAGAAGCCAUUUCCAUGUUCUGAGUGUGGGAAAUGCUUUGCACAAAAAUCAGAUCUUGUUAAACAUCAGAGAAGUCACACAGGUGAGAAGCCUUUUUCUUGCUCUGAGUGUGGGAAAUGUUUUACACGGAAAUCACAACUUGUUAUACAUCAGAGAAGUCACACAGAUGAGAAUCCAUUUACAUUCCCUGAAUGUGGGAAAUGUUUUGUACACAAAUCAGAUCUUAUUAGUCACAACAGAAGUCACACAGGUGAGAGUCCAAUUACUUGCUCUGAGUGUGGGAAAUGUUUUACAUGGAAAUCACAACUUGUUAUACAUCAGAGAAGUCACACAGGUGAGAAGCCAUUUCCAUGUUCUGAGUGUGGGAAAUGUUUUGCAUACAAAUCAGAUCUUGUUAAACAUCAGAGAAGUCACACAGGUGCAAAGCCAUUUUCUUGCUCUGAGUGUGGGAAAUGUUUUACACAGAAAUUACAUCUUGUUAGACAUCAGAGAAGUCACACAGGUGAGAAUCCAUUUCCAUGCUCUGAGUGUGGGAAAUGUUUUUCACACAAAUCAGCUCUUGUUACACAUCACAGAAGUCACACAGGUGAGAAGCCUUUUUCUUGCUCAGAGUGUGGGAAAUGUUUUACACGGAAAUCACAACUUGUUAUACAUCACAGAAGUCACACAGGUGAGAAGCCAUUUCCAUGUUCUGAGUGUGGGAAAUGUUUUGCACAAAAAUCAGAUCUUGUUAAACAUCAGAGAAUUCACACAGGUGAGAAGCCAUUUCCAUGUUCUGAGUGUGGGAAAUGUUUUACACGGAAAUCACAACUUGUUACACAUCAGAGAAGUCACACAGGUGAGGAACCAUUUUAAUCUUCUGGAGUAUACUUAUCACUGCCAUGCGUUGUUCUUCAAGGUUCUUAUCCUAUCUCCUAUGCUUUUUGCAAUAAUAGAUGCUACCCUCAUCUACCACUGCUAUGCAGAUCUGUCUUUUGCUCCGGGUACUGAGAACCUAGUACCAAUCCUAAAUGUCUAGCUGAUCCCCAAGUGUGGGUGAUGCUAGUUGGCUGUGACUCAGUCCUGGUGAAACAGGUCCUUAUGAUAGAAGCUCACCAACAAAGGGCAGGGCUACAGCUCAAUUUGCGAACCAACCAGGCUUGCGCUUGGGGGUUCAGAGUUACAAAAUACUGAUAUGGGAGUCAUUCCGAUUUCAUUUGUUGCCAAUUUUCGCUAUGCUGCGAUUAGUUGCAAAUUGCGCAUGCGGAAGGCACGCAGGGCGCAUGCGCUUAGUUAUUUAACACAGAACUUAGCAGUUUUGCUGUGGCUUCUGCAGCGCUUUUCAGUCGCACUGGUGUUCGGUAAAUGAUUGACAGGAAAGGGGCGUUUAUGGGCGCAAGUCUGCGUUUUUCCGGCGCUUGCAAAAAAACGCAGACGUUUCAGGGAAAAACGCGGGCCGAACGCAGGGCGUGUUUGUGACAUCAAACCAGGAACUAAACAGACUGAGCUGAUCGCAAUUCGUGAGUAGGUCCGCAGCUACUCAGAAACUGCAAAGAAUUAUUUAGUAGCAAUUCUGCUACUCUUUUGUUUGCAAUUCUGCUAAGCUAAGAUACACUCCCAGAGGGCGGCGGCCUAGCGUGUGCAAUGCUGCUAAAAGCAGCUAGCGAGCGAACAACUCGGAAUGAGAGCCCAUGUGCGGAAUCUUGAUGUCCUGGGUGGUGGAGUGACACUUAGACAUCAGGUAUCAGCUACAAUCAGUUCCUCAUGUGUGGACCAUAGCCAAACUCCAGCACUUAUUUCCCCUCAGAAGAUCUACCUAGUCAUACAUGUACUUGUAUUAUCCCACUUUGGGGGUCAUUCCGACCUGAUCGCUCACUGCAGUUUGUCGCAGCGAUCGGGUCGGAACUGCGCUGGCGCAUGCCAGUCAUCGUUGCCUAGCAAUCGGCUCUGAGACAGGGAGGGGGCUGGACGGUGGCCAACGCAGGCGUGGCUGGACCGUUGGGGGUGCGGGCCAUGGCGGCAGUGAAGAACAACUCCCGGCCAGCCGCAGGAGCUGCACUGGUUGGGAGUUACUCCAGAAAUAUAAAAGCAUCGCCGCUGUGUAAUGCUUUUGUAUUUGGUGGGGGAGGCACUGACCUGCAGGGCGGACUAGCCCUGUGCUGGGUGUUUCCCCCGCAUGUCAGGGAAGAUGAUUGUAGCUACGAUCAACUCAGAUAGCUCAUAUGUAUCGCUCAUCUUAAGAGAACUGUCAGAUAUUAGUGUGCACAUAUUUAUAACACACAUUAUUCUGCUGAAGGGAUCUGUAUAGGCAAACGAUCUACACUUGGUGAUCAUAUGGUUACUUUAUCAGACCCUAAUUAAAGGACCACUGAUAAUUACGGCACCUCUAUUAAUGUGGAAAGUAAUGUCACUCUGAGCUACAUAUUCGGGUGGAAAGUGAAGAACCUGUUCAGUUAUAACAGACCACAGCAGCCAAUCUAGCUGCAGAGUGCCGGUCAUAUACCUGACCCUGAGCGAUACAUAUGGGUGAAAAGUGAACAAAUUGAUCAGUCAUAAAAGAUCACAGUAACCGGCUGAAUAUAACUUAGCCGCAGAGUACCUAUUGUAUGUCUGACCACAGCCCAACAUUUAUCUAUACACACCCUAUACACAUAUCUAUGUGUGACUGAUUUUUGGAAAUCUAAGUGAUUCAUAACAAAUCAAAGAACAUAGAAACAAUAUAUCAGAUCCUUCAAGAUUGCAACAUAUGUUCUAGUUAUAGAAUCCGGGCUCUGUGCCAGAAACACAUUUUUUCAAACAUUGAAGUGCUAGAAAUAUUCCUCUAAACAUUGAGGCUAUUAUUUGAACACAAUUGUAUCCAUGUGGAAUACAAACGUGGAAGAAUAUUGAUAGAUAAAAACAGGGACUUAACAGAACAGACACCAAACAGACGCUCAGUUUUUUUAAAUCUAUGUUUAUUGUCUUUCUCUAUAAUUCACAGUGUUGUUAUACUUUCACAUAUUUGUUAUUUGUGGUUUUAAUAUUUCGCAUAUUAGCUACUCAGUAGAAUAUGCUACAAUAUAGUGUCAAAUCCAAAUUUUAACGGAAACAAUUAAAAGUUAUAUUUUAAA